CUCACUUCCCAGGGCCUCCGCCCGGGAGGAGGAGCAGGAGGGUUCGGCCUGGCGCGAGCCCCGCUGCUGCCAGUCUCCCUCCGGCUGGGCUGAGGGCGGUGGGAGUAUGGAGCAGGGGCUGUCCGCCAUCACUCUGUAUUGCGCCCCAGCCGCCGUCGCUGUCACCGCCUUCGCCAUGGAGCAAGAGCAGGUGAGUCUCUUUCCCCGCCACUCCGUCUGGGGAGCCUCUUCGGCGGCGGCGGCGGGGGAAGCCGCUCACCUGACCCAGCCUCCUCCAUGACACCUUCAGCCCGUCUCUCGCCGUGCCUGGGUCUCCGCCCUGUCUGAGGGGAGAAGAAGGGGCAGCCCUGCCCUCCUUUGCCUGGCGCAAGGGGGGGGUGUGCUGCGCCCUUCCAUGCUGCAACCUUUGCCCUCCUCACAAACGGGGUCUGCUAAGGGGAGCCGUCUUAUAUAUCUUGUCUUAUAUGGAGGUCGCUGCCGGGGUGCAAAGCGUUUAAAGGCGACUCCUCCAUCGCUCCUUGGAAACCACCUACCAUUUCCCUCAAGGUGCAACUCGCGCAUGCUUUAUUUGCAGCCACAACCCGGCCUGUGGGCGCUGUGCUUUCCCCCCAAAAUUAUUUGUAUGCUGCUGCCACUUCCUCCCCCUCCCCGUGCCAGUCGCGCUUCUUUUUUUGUAGUCCUGUGUUUCCUGGUGGUGGUGAUGCUGGGUGUGGUUAGGACCCGGUUCAGUAUCAGCCGAGCCUUGGAAAGUGGAGCCCACUGUUGCAAAGAAGGGUUUGUGGAGUUGCUUAAAUACGGUCGUUCAGAUGGCCUACACUUUUAUAGCAGCAUCGCUUGCCGGGAAUGCUAUCCAGUCUCGGGUUACCUGUGGGCUGGAGGUGUUGCCCAUCUUUUCAGAAGAAGCUGGUUACGGGCAAAAAUAAAAACGGUUCUCAGCAGUUCUCAAAAAGCAGAUUUUUUAAAUAAAAAAAAGCAGUGUCACAUCUGAACGCUUUAGGAGUGAACAUGGUUCUGUCUUUUAAGCACCGGAACAUCUUCAUUUCAUGAUAACAGGAUUGUGCUAAUUCCCACGUAGAACAGCUAGGCUUAUUUUAUUGGUGAAAACGCGAUCUGAAAAGAAUUUUGUAGUGAAGCAGUUCAUCCUUAACUUUUCACAAAUCCAGGACUAAUCCAUUCUGUUUUACAGGGCUUCAAGAUCCAGAAUUUUUAGUAUUUAUAAUGUCAUCAUUUGCAUUUAAUAAAUUAACUAGUAGCCUGUUUUUCACAUACAUAUGAAUAAAUUCACAAAUACCAUUUAUUCAUCAAAUUAUUAUGUUCACCAUCUACCUUCUGCCUUGAUACACUUUUGUACUUCACACAUAUAGCAGGUGUUCUGAUUUCUUCGAGCUCCUCCUGUAAGCAGAUACCUGUUACAAAUCAGCCUGUUUAAUAUUACAUGGACAGGCUUUGACUUUCACCUGUGAAAACUUGACAAAAGCAGUGACACAGUUGCCUUACAUGUAAAGGAUGCUCUUUACAAAAAAGCACCUUAGGAGGCUAAAGAGUUCAUAAAGCUUUUCUCGUUUGUAUACUUUUGGCUACAAAAACUCUGAUGGAUAUUUAAUAAUAUUAAUGCUUGAGUGGCAACUGUAAAGAAGGGACACUCAAUGUUAAAUACAAAUAAAGGGGAAAUUUUAAACUGGCCUGAUACAUUUUGUUUACAUUCUUUUGCAAUAGGAGCAAAGAUGCAUUGAUCUAGUAUUUACUAAAACAAUUUUAUGCGGGGUGUACUUUCAGCAGACUGGCUUUCUGGAUCUUACUGGUCCUAGUCCAAUCUCUGCUCAGUCAGGGAUUGCUUGGGUAGCCUUAAGCAAAUUUAUUGUGUCACAACCUCACUUGCUAGCUGCAAAUUCAAAAUAAGAAUGAUUUCCCUCCCAGAUGUAUUGUAGGGAUAGAUGAAUAUACUCUGAAAACAAAGUGACCAGGAAAUAAUGGUUAUUUUAUAUAGGCAUUUAACAACAUGUAGCAGUGUUUAUUUAUAUUUAUUUAUGAAGCUCCUUCACAUGUGUCUCAAGGCAAUUUGCAAGCAUUCCAUAAAAUUCAUUUAAAAUUAAGACUUUCCUCUGCCCCCAAGCUGUGGGUGAAAUAUAAUUGUAAAACUUAUGGAAUCUUAUUUUGUGGGGUCUGCAAAGAAGUUGAACUUUCUGUAGAGCUGUCUAAUAAUAAUAAUAAUAAUAAUAAUAAUAAUAGUAGUUGUUUAUUACUUAUACCCCGUCCAUCUGGCUGGGUUUCCCCAGCUCCCAACAAUAUUAAAAACACGAUAAAACAUCAGACAUUAAAACUUCCCUAAAAAGGGCUGCUUUCUAUCCUUCCCUUAUCAUGUGGGCAUUUUUGCAACUGACAAGUUGCCCUCUUGUUUCAGUUGCAUGUAAAUGGCGAUAGAGGCUUUGAGAAUGUGGAACUUGGAGUCAUCGGAAAAAAGAAGAAAAUUCCAAGAAGGGUCAUCCACUUUGCAAGUGGAGAAACCAUGGAAGAAUACAGCACAGAUGAAGAGGAGGAUGAGCAGCAGGAGAAAAAAGACCUCUUGCCUUCUGUUGAUCCAGUAGGUUUGUUUCUGAAAUUUGUUUGUUUUUCAUAAUGCAUUAUGCUACCCAAAUGGAGUAAUAAAAUUCUAUUAAUUCUUAUUUAUCCUGUUCUGAUAAAUCUCUUUCCAUAGGAAGAGGACUAUUUAAUUGUCAUAAUGUGGUGUCUUUUUAAAAAUAAAGGCAGCAAUCAUUUUGUGUGGGAGUUCCAUUCCUAGCCCCCAUAUGUGCUGGUGGAGCAUGCAUAAGCUUGUCCUUGCCUGUUCUGCCCUCUACUGGGUGCAAAAGGACCUGUGUGUUGGCAGUUGCGCGUCAAUUGGAUGCAUGCAAAAUGGUCUGUACACCGUUUCAGAUCUCUGUCAGUGGUGGACUUUGGGGCCUCAAAUUUCAGCAAUGCCCUGUGCGAUGCCAAGAUUUGGCGCCCCUGCCUCUUACACUACAUUCUAAAUAAUAGCUGCAGUGUUGUUGUCCCCCAUCCCCCGCUUUGUGCCCAGUGAGACUGAAUUGGUCACAGUCCCUAAAUCUGCCUCUGUCUCAGUUGGCCAAUGAACUUGCAAUAUGGCGUUAGACAACCUGAACUAUUUUAGCCACAACCCUCCACCCCACCCACAUCUGAAAGGAAAUGAAUAAGGGAAUGAAUCUGACCUUCUUUGCACAGUUCGUACCGUGGAUCCUGAACGCCUUGGUACUUGGACGUUUGGCUCCUGAACACCACAAACCUGGAAGUGAGUGUUCUGGUUUGCGAACGUUCUUUGGAACCCUAAGGUCUGACGGGGCUUCCACAGCCAAUUGGAAGCCGUGCUUUGGUUUCCGAAUGUUUUGAAAGUCGAAUAGACUUCUGGAAUGGAUUCCGUUGGACUUCCAAGGUACAACUGUACUGAGAUAAUGACUUGGAUGUAGAGUAGCACAAAUGAAACUCUGCUUGUAUAAUGGAGUUUUCCCUCCCACCCUUUCUUCCCCUUACACCAAAAAGCAGUUCCUUAGUGUUGGGAACAUUCUUGAAAAGUGAAGAAUGGGCAUUGGAGAGACUGCAGCGGGAGAGAUGAGUUAAUAAAAAUUGGGUAGAAGCAAGUGGAAACUCAGAAUGGAAACCAAUACUUUGAACAUUUGAGUGUGCUGUAGAAGUGUAUGUGUUUAUUUAAACAAGACAAACCCAGGUUUCUGUAUCCUGAGGGGUGUUAAGUGUUCUGUUUGGCAUGUCAGUUUUGUUUAACCAACCCUCUUUCCUGAAUUUGUGAUGAUGAUGGAUGGUUGAGACAGGGGUAGGGAACAUCUGGCUGCCCAAUGUUGUUGAACUGCAACUCCCAUCAACCUCCUGGUGCUGAUAGAAGUUGGAGUUCAACAGCAUCUGGAGGGCCACUGGUUCCUUGUGCUAGUGGUUAUUCCAUAAAAGCAUACAAAAAAAUGCCUUCUGUGCAUUUCAGAGAAUACAUGUGCAGAAUAAAGGAUGCUUUUGUAUUGGCCUAAAAAUACUGUGUUGUAUAUUCAACACAGUGCCAUCAUAUCCUUUUUGGUUUUGUUUGGCCCUCCCAGAGCUGAAUUUUUUAUACAAACAGACACUAAAAUGUUCAACUGCUUCUGUAAGGAUUCUUGAAUAUUGCAAUAUAUUUAGGGGCAAAGUGCUGUUUGAAAUAAACAUGCAACUAGGUCAACAGCAUCAGUACAAUUCAGGUUUGUUCCUUUGUGUUUACUCAGUUUCUAGAAGGAAAUAUUUUACUGAAUGCGAUGAAUUUUACAUCAGACAUGCCCUAUUACCAGGCCAAGAUCUGGCAUCCUGAAUAGCAAUUCUGUCUCUGAACAGAGAGAGGUACUAUUGACUUGCAUUGUGUUGCAAGGAAGGCAGAGAGAGAAAGAUGCUGGAGUGCAGAAUGCAACUGUGUCCAAAGCAUAGUGGAACAGAAUCUGCGAAAAACAAUCCGUCCUUUUUACAGCUUCAUAAUACACUUCAUAAGCCUUCUUUGUCUGACAUUUUAUUAUACAAAUUUAAAAUGAAAUGACUGUAGAACCAUCUUCUGCUGCAUAACUUGCUUUCAUUAUAGUAUUAUUUGAUUGGAUAAAUGUUUGUUUUUAUUUGUUUAUUUGUAUACCGCCCUUCAUUCUAGAGUUGCAGAGCAAUAUACAAAAUAAAGCAACAGUAAAUUAAAAUCAUAAAUACAUCAAUACACAGUAGAAAACAUUAAUUUAAAAUACAACACUUGAAGCUUGGCACUAAAAACCAGCAAAAGUUAGGACAAAUAAACAGGUCUUCAACAAGUGCUGAAACAUCAUAUUGUGGUACAGCUGAGAAAGGAUUGCUGUCACCUGUGGCAUAUUAUAUAAAUGAGGCAGAGAAAAAGAAUAUCCCCAGCUGAGCUCUGGUGCCUUGGCAAAAAUGCUGUAGGAUUUCUAUACAGACGAAUAAAGGGUCUGUUUUCUGACAGUCCCAAGUUGAUAGCUUAUUAUUUCAGUUGUGGUAUAAAAGGGUACAUUUACAAAGACUAGCAUCCGCUCAUUAAAUUUGCCUUGGUGAACUGACAUAUUAGGACUUUUAAUGGAAACACAGCAUCCUUAAAAAAUAGAACUUGGCUGGUGUUGGCUUCUUUACGAAUAAACGCAGAACCUAAAAUAAAAUGGUUUACUUCUGGUCUGAAACUGUAGCUUUAAUAAUACAGACUUAUUUCAAAGUCUGCACUUAUAAAUCAGAAGUAUGUAUUCACCUACCCCCGUUUAUGGCUUAAUGCAACUAUUAAAUUUUGUAUGACUUUCAGGCACAAAAAUCUACAUAGGUAGCUAAAAAUAAUAAUAGCAAAUGAAUCUGUGUAGAAGUUCAUAACAUGGGGGUGGGGUGGGAGUUUUCAGCCGGUGAACUGUUAUUUCACCAGAAUGGGCCAGAGAAUACAAAUGUUUAUUUUUCUUCCUUCAGAGAUACCUUGGUUUUUGCAAAUGAGCAUUGAGAACAUUGAAUAAUAAGUCUGUUAACGUUUUUUCAUGCCUUUUUCUGUAGACCCCACAUAAGCACCAGUUUGCUUCUAAGGGUCUUGAGUAUUUGCUGUAAGAAGUAGUUGGAGCUUCCACUCACACAUUAGGAUUUUCCCUUUCCUGAAAAGCCCUGCCAGAAAGCUUGUGGAAGGGGGACCCUUGAACAGCCUUCCUGCAGGGAAAAUAGUUGCAGUUGUAAAAGAAAUCCAGAAAGCCCGUAUAAAAGCGCUUGGGCAUACAUGCAGGGUUCUUAAGAUUCUGACCUCAUCAUUUAAGGACUUGAUCAAUACCCAGAAUAGAUUAAAGUGUUUGUAUUUAAUUAUCAGUUUCUUCAGGUAAGGUUUGAACUAGCCAAUCUUUGUGUCAAUAUAGCUUUAGUUUUGAAACAUACCAAGAAGAAAAGGUUUGUCUUUUACGCUGCAUUUUUAUUUACAACAGGAUAACUAUAGCUUUACUUCCUUGCAUUGUUAAUGCAUAUCAGAUAUAUAUCAAUAUAUUUUUGUAAACUUUCUGGUGUGGCAAAUUCUGCAUUUGCAAUGGCAAAUUGGCUCCUAAAUGCUAUUGCCAUCUUAUGUAUUGUAUCUGCAGAAUUGGGGAGGUGAGAGCAGAGCAGAUGCUUUGCAUGCAAAAGGUUCCAGGUUCAGUUCCUAGCAUGUGCAGGUUGUUGGCAUCCGUCUGUUUCGGGAGACAAUGGAAGAGUGUGCCAUUGGGGGGUGAGGUCAAACCGUUAGAGAAUUAGAGUGCCUGCUGUGGCUAGAGAAACCAAUAUGGGAGAGAAAUGUUUUACUGCAGGUGGGGCAAAUGAAGGUGUCUGGUUUUGCUGCUACACAUGCACCACUGUGUUUCCAUCAGACAAUAUUGGGAUAGAGGGACAAAUUAUCUGACUUGGUUUAAUGAAACUUUCUAUGUUUCUACAUUUAUGCAUAUAUUCAGAAGCACAGGAUAUAAGUACAGUGGUACCUCGGGUUAAGUACUUAAUUCGUUCCGGAGGUCUGUUCUUAACCUGAAAAUGUUGUGAACCUGAAGCACCAUUUUAGCUAAUGGGGCCUGCUGCUGCUGCUGCGCCGCUGGAGCACGAUUUCUGUUCGUAUCCUGAAGCAAAGUUCUUAACCCGAGGUACUAUUUCUGGGUUAGCAGAGUCUGUAACCUGCAGCAUAUGUAACCCGAGGUACCACUGUAAUAUGAUUUUCUAUCUGAUUGGAAGAGCUAUAAUUUCUGCAUGUGAACAUUGGGGAAAGAAGGCCAAGCAAAUAUAUUCAGGGUGGGUAUUCUACCAUUAGGUGCCACUACAAAAAAGGCCCUGUUCUUGGCAGCUUAGCAACUGAAAUUCAUCUCCGUGAUAAACAAUUUAAAAUAGAGGAAGGUAUGCUGAAGAGAUGAGGGCAGUGUGUUUCCAGGUCAAUUUUCUUGCUUCUCCCCCCUUCCAUGGUGGUGUUGCUCUUGUUAUACCCAAGUCAAGCAAUAAAGACAUUCAGUGUUACAUUCAUCAGUAGCCUUAGGCAAAUGGAAGCACUUCUGCUCAUGCAUGGCUGGACAACUGAAUCCCACCAAUUCUCCCAACACACUGCAGCCCUGAGGGCUGGGAACAGUAUGGGAACUGUUGCAGAGGGCUGUACUAUGAAGAGGGGUCAAUGAAAAUUGGAUGCCCUGCUUGUACAAGCAGAGUACUUCCACUUGCCUAACACCACCAUUGGAUACAACAUACGCGAGACACAUGAAAUAAAUUAAAAGUCUUUCAGAUGCAUAACAUAAAUGAUCUUAACCUUUAUUUAUUGCAGGCAACACUAACUUGGGGGCCCUAUUUGUGGUUUCAGAUGCUAAGAGUAGCCACAUCAACACUAUCAGGUAUGUAUGUAUUCUCUGUCUCUCUGUGUCUACAGAAAACAAAGUAAGUUAUAAUGAAGUGCCAAGUGGUAUGAGACUGAAAGGACAGGCAUGAAAUGAAGCCAUUAAUGUGCUAGUUACUGAUAUGCAAAAACCCAAAUCAUUCAUUAACCUGCAGAAGGAAGUCUAGUGAAGUGAUGAAAGCUCACAUUUACUUGGUUUAUCCAGUGUUUUCUUAAAAGUUUAAAAGGAGGUACUGAAUACUAUUUUUCCUCAUAUAAAUAUGUCUAGUGCUGCAUAUUUCAGUGCCUACACUUCACUAUAGGCUGGCAUGAGUGGGUGGUAUAUUACUCUGAAAAAAUAUAUUACAGUGAAACCCAGUCUUCAUUUUCUACACAUGCCUUCUGUUCUGCUUUAUAAGUUGAUUAAAAGAUGCAGCACUAGGGUACAAAAUUAGACAACCAUUUAUUGCAAUGAAUGUUAUGACCUCCUUUCUUGUUGACUGUUCCCCUUGGCUUCCCAUUUCAGUUUAUUCCAUCAUUUUAAGAAGUCACGGGGGGGGGGGGGAGUCUCAGGUGGGAAUUGGACAGAUUGGGGGGUGAUAUUUUUUUAAAAAAAUAUAUAAAUUCACAAGAGAAGUAUUGCACACAUUGACCCACCAGGUUAUUAUGUGAAGACGUGUGUGUAAUUUGUAGACAGACUUAGGAUGAUGAAAAGCUUUUAGUAAAAGGGCAAGUUUGUGGUAGUUUCCCCUGCCCUUUUUUGGGUUGUGUGUGUAUACCUGCUCAUCCAGCAUUUGAUGCCUGCAAGCUAUACAUACUCUGAGCUGAACAAUUGUGGCUUCUUCACUUGACUGUAGAGCAGAUAAGUAUAAGGAGGAGGCCACCUCAAGCAGCUCUAGCUCAGUGACCCAUUGUGCAGUGACGACACAUCUUGUCAUCUUUUGUUUUAUACAUCUAGUUUACCAUUGAAACACCUUUGGGCCUGGUGUUUCACUACAAGGGGAGUUGGAAUAUCCUUGUUCAGGUACAUAUGAAGAAAAUUUAAACAUAUAGCAAUCUCUUUUAGUGGGUAUUUUCAUGAAAAGCCCAACCAACCUUCACUCUGUACGGUUUUAGGUGUAAAGGGUGUAGUCUUUUAUUAUCCAAUCUGUGCUGUCACUUUUUAUUUGGUUUUGUUUCCAUAGUUUGUGUGGUUCAUGUUUUGGCUUGUACAAGUAGACACAAAAACUAAGGAAGUAGAAUAAUGGGCGGGGGGACCCCUUCCUGCUGCUUUGUGAAUGUUUCAUGUUUUUAUACCGUUGUAAACUGCUGUGAUAUAUUUUUAUGAUACAGUGGUAUAUAAUCAUUUCUUUAAAUAAAUAAAUGUCAGAUGAUGCAGAAUGCUAAUGGGAAACUGCUCACAAGUUUGCUUGGUAAGGCUGCAACAUUCAUAAAUGUGUUUUAUUUAUUCAGUGUGUGACUUCCUUGGUGAAAAGAUUGCCUCUGUUUUGGGAAUCAGUACGCCAAAAUACCAGUAUGCCAUAGAUGAAUACUACAGAAUGAAGAAGGAGGUGUGUGCCUUUUUGUACCCUUUUAACAGUGUAGGAAUUACAAACAGAUUUACUAAAAUGUACUGCAUAAUAGUCUGGUUUCUUAAUAUAAAAUGGUUUAAAGAUGUCAUGUUUCAGUUCUCUAAAAAUCUAUCAAUGUCAACACAUUUUCUUCUGUAUUAACUUGUUUUCACUCUCCCCUUUAAGUCCAUUUGACAGGACAUUUUUUAAUGGGAAACUUGAGUACAUCCCAGAUGCAGUCUCUUCAGGAAAACAUGCUUGGUUGUAUGUACUUUUCAAAUAGACUUUAACCUACGUUGGCCUAAUAUUAUAUGAAAUAGUUUGCUACAAUAGAAGGAAGGAAUUACGUACAUGGUGAGGGGUUUCAAUUAAAACUGAGAAACCACUACCAUACAUCUGUUUUAUAAUUCAACUGAUAUUCUAAUUUGUAUUAGGGUUUUUUUCUUUAUAAGAGUACGUUAAGGGUGUUCCCCUUUAAUUUACAUUUUAAGUAGAAGAAAUGCUUGUUUGUAUUUCAGAAGGUAAAUGCUUCAGGAAGAACUGGUUCCUAAAGUUGCAAAUCCCAGACACUCAACUUCUGUUCAGAGGCUACUUUGAUAGUUUUACUACCAUAUGCCAGACAUGGAAAAAUCAUUUGAUGAGAGGCUUCCAUAUUUAAUGCUGAUCUGUAGGAAAUGAACUUGGUUUCAAAACAGUAUUGCCAUUCUUUCUGUUGAGAAGCAUGCAGAUUGCAUUAAUGUUUUCUAAUGUUAAGUUGACCUUUCCUGUUGGAUGGGUACUUAAGAGCUUUGCAAUAGUAAUGUGCUGCAGUAGUAGCAACUACGUGGCAGCAAUAAAUGAUUUUGGUACACAUGAAUAUGCUCAGGAUAUAUGAAUUAAUGGAGUCCUGCUGGUUUUACAACAUGUGAGGUUUGUUUUUUUAGGAAGAGGAAGAGGAGGAAGAGAAUAAGAUGUCAGAAGAAGCAGAAAGGAGGUUUCAAGAGCAGCAGAACCAGAGUCAAGAGGGGACUGCUGUCCAUACGGCUCAGCCAGAGGCUACAACCUGUAGUACAUUUGUAAAUCUCAACUUUGAAACAGAAGGAGAUCGUUCGCUUGUUGUGGAAAGCAAACAAGAUAUUACUCCAGUGUCUGCUUAGAAUGAGAACGGAGCAUUAGAAUUCUUUGGGUAGCAUCCAACGGUGUCUGGUUGUCACUGGAACGGACUUCUGGUCAUGCAGUAGGGUUUCUCCAGCCUCCCCUCCCCUCUGCGCUCCUGAAAUCUGCUUUGAAUGGCUGUAGUGGAGAAGAGAGGCAGGAGAGGCCCUGCUGCUUGAGCAGAAGUCUGCUUGUGUGACAUUGGUUCUCACACCCUGUUUCUUAAUUGUCAGAUGUUUGUAGGCUCUGUUAUGCAUGUUCAGUGGAAUGUAACUUAUUUCAAAGUAUGGUCAGAGAUACUUAACGUCUCUUCAGCCAACAUCUGUCUAAUAAAGGCUAAGACAUUUUGCUUAACCUAUUAGAUUAUGAAAUGCAAAUAACUGGUCCUGUGAUCUAUCUAUGCAGAACAAGUGAAAUGUCUUUCCUGAACAUCUGGUGCCUUGUUGACAGUUGUGGACUGAUCACUGUGCUUUUUUUGUUUUAAGGUCAUUUCGCAUUUAUAAUGUUACUUACUGAAACCUAGGUGAAAGUUUAGACUAAUGGCAACUAAUUCACAAGGCAUCUUUGUGACUUAGUUUAAUUUAUUGUCACUGUUGUGUGCGUGUGUGUGUGUGUGUCCAGUCAUAUAGUUUAAAAUAAGGUGACUUUGUUUAAUGCCUGUUAAAAGAAACAACUGUAUAAAAGAACUUGUCUGAAAACUCUAUCUCAUAAAGGACUGUCCUGUUAAUUGCUUAGUUGGAAGAGUAAGAGUAAUAUACAGAGUAAGUUCACAUUGUAAUCUCUGACUUUAUUAUGUGUGUUGGGAAGGAUAGUCUGGAUAGGAGAUGGUAUGCUGAUAAAAUGAUGGCUCUAAAUAUUGGGUGUAGUAAAAAACAAAAGUAGUGAGGUAUGCUAAAUUAAUUAUUUUGCAUACCCUUGCAGUGUUUUUUCAUUCUGAGUUAAACAGACACUGUUUCAGUGACAUAACUUGAUUUUUAUAUUUAAAAUAUUUGAAAAUAAGUUUGAGAACUGCCUACUGCAUGUCAACAAGGGUGGGUUUUCUAUCUAGAAAGGAUCUUGUCGGCCCCCCGACCAAGGACUACUGACAAUUUAACUUAUAUAAUGAACCUUUUUGUGAGGACAAUCCACACUAAUUCUCACAAAAUUCUGCAGCACAAAACUUUGCAGAUAUAGGACAGGACCCAGAUGUCUGUGGCUAUGUGGCACAAAAAGAUGCAUGCAGAAAGCAGUACACCAUGCAAAACAAACAUAACCUUUUUUGGCUGUUGUUACACACUUUAAUAGCUUCUUCCACUGUCUUGAGUCACUUUCUUAAAAGCUUGCUGUGCACCUGUAUAAAAUAGCCAGGAGUCAGGAAGAAACUGUGGACUACAAAUCCAUGUAGUAUGGAAAUAGGAAAAGUGUCACAGCAGUAGGCAGAAAAACUGCAGAGAUGUAGAACCACCUCAUGGAUCAUGCCCUUUCCUUCACUGUCACCAUCAGGCAUGUGGGAAGGAGGAAGUUUUUAAGUCUUGUCUGCCACGCUAUUUUUUUUUAUGGGAAGCUUUUCUUAACUUGAGAACGUUAGAACAGCUUUAACUAAACGGCACAUCACAACAUUCUGGUGUUGUUUUUUUUAAAAAAAAAUCUUAAAGGGAACAUUCAUUUUGAUUUAAGAAUCAUUGAUUCCAAAUGCCAGUUGUAAACUAUGUGAAGCCUAUAUUAAGCAUCUAUUCAGGGCAUCACAGUAAAUUAUUAAGGCUUUUGAGUGCCCAGCUGUAUAAUUACUUUUCGCCAAAAAUGUUAUUGCUUUAUAUAAUAGGAAGGGCUUAUUGUCAUGAGGUUCUUCUAUCAUUGUGCCUUACCUUUACUAUUUCUUUCAGUAUAUGCAAACGGUAUGAAAGUGGGUACUUUUUCUUGUAAAUGCAUUAAAUUUUAUAUUUAAUAUAAUUUUAAAUCAGUUGGGUUCAGAGUUGUUAUUAUAGGACUAGCAAACCUUUGCUAUGAAUGCAGCAGGCACAGGUGCCAUUAAAAUACCCAGUAGUAGGUCCUGGGAUUCUAGUAAGCCUAUACAUUUACCCUACUAAGCCUAUAAUCCUGUGUCUACUUAGAAGUAAGUUCCACAGAAGUUACUCCUGGAUAAGGCCUUGGAGGGCUGCAUGCAAUUAAGACAUCAGAGGUAUAUUUUGACAGGAUAGUCAUAUGUUUUGAGAAACACCCAUGACUUUUGAAGCCCAGUAUUUGUGCACUUGCAACACUUAGAACAAUUAACACCAUCAUGAGCAUUUACACUAACUGCUUGUUAUAGUAGAUGAAGGUUUGUGAUGCUGUUUAGUAGGAGGUUUCACUAUUAUCCAUUUGACAGGUAUUUACUUCCAUAGUAGUUUUAAAAAAAAUUGAGCUGCACAUUUGUAACUACAGUUCUACAUAUCUGAUAUUUCAGAUAUAAAUGAUCCAGAGAUUUGUUUCUUUCUUGCACAUGAUUUGUUUUUGCAAUGCCAAUGCACCCAGUACAAAACCAAAAAGAGUAUUCAAGACCAAAUUAUACCAACAGGUAUAAUUUGUCUAAACUGGAAGGUGGCUUGUAGGUUUAGGAAUAAUUUCAAUAAACUUAAUUUACCAGAAAAGUCUGUAAACGUUUAAUUACAUUUUCAACAAACAGCAGUACUCUUUUCCUUUUUUGCUUCAGAGAAGAUCCAUCUCACAAGCCUUAUACAAAACUUGUCCAUCUGGAGCUACAUGGAAGCUUCAUUUAUUUGGGUAAUGAAUACAUUAUUCAGCUUUAAAUGGUCACUGUAUCAGUUGGGCAGAUCUCCAUGGAUACAGUCUAUUCCUGUUAAAUCAUGUAUCAUCAAGAUCUGUUGUGUUGUCAUUGUCACUUGCUACAAGAACCUCUCUGUUCUCAUAGGUCCAGAAGCCAUUAAGAUCAAUUAAAAUGCUAGUGACAGUGUCGCCUUGACUACUGUUGAUUAAGUCCUGAAGAGAGAUUUUGUAAGGAUCCUUGGGCUUCACCAUGUCAAAUAUUUCAUCCUAGAAAAAGCAACCAAAAAUUAACAGUUUCUUUAAUGGAAGUCGAAUAGGAUAAAAAUGUUUUGUGGACCAGUACCAGGACUUUUUUUUUUAAUCAAAAUAAUUAAGUAACACUUAAUUUCACUUUCCCCUCAUGCUUUGGUGUUCAAUUCUAGUAGUAAAGCACAUCCUUGCUGAAAAGGAGUGUAAACUGAACAAUAUACGAAGGAUGUGUUUAUACUUGCUUUCAAAAUACAGUCACAGUUUAGUAAAGUUCUUUAUUG